AUGUCUUUAGAAAUUGACUCGGGUGGCUUGAUCGCCCCUGAAAGAACACCUGCUAUUGUUCAUGGAAGUUCUAGCGUUCCUUUGCUCGAUCUGACUCUCAGUGAACUGCUCGACUUCCAAUGCAUUCGCUACGGGUCCAGAGAGUGCGUGGUGAUCCCUUGGACCGGAGCAAGAUGGACGUACGACUUCUUGAGACAAGAAAGCGUCCAUCUUGCGAAGGGCAUGCUUGAAAAAGGAAUCAGACCAGGUGACAGAGUUGCGGUUAUGGCAGGGAAUUGUGAGCAGUAUGUGUCAAUAUUCUUCGCUUGCAUGAGGAUAGGUGCCAUUCUAGUAAUUCUCAACAACACUUACACCGCGGCGGAAGCAAUGUAUGCAUUGGAGUUUACAGAAUGCAAGAUGCUAUUUACAACUUCAAGAAUAGGCCUCCACGACAAUCGACCACUUUUAGCACGUUUGGGCAAAGGUCCGGGAUCUAUGUAUGAACCCGUGCUGCUGCGAGGCCAUUCGGAACGCCUCGAUUUAUAUAAAAAUCUGGUCGAGCUUGGUGCCAGAAUUCCAGACGACAAACUUACGGCGGCUACAGCACAAGUCGGAACUUACGAUGUAUGCAACCUUCAGUUCACUAGUGGUACAACGGGUCACCCCAAGGCAGCGAUGCUGACCCACCAUUCCCUAGUAAACAACAGCAGGUUUAUUGGUCAGCGGCUUGCAUUGACAGAGGACGACGUGCUUUGUUGUCCACCACCGCUCUUUCAUUGCUUCGGCCUGGUCAUAGGCCUCCUAGCUUGCGUCACUCACGGAGCAAAAGUUAUCUAUCCGACGGAGACUUUUGACGCAGGUGCAUGUCUUCGAACUAUCUCAGAAGAAAAAUGCACGGCUCUGCAUGGCGUUCCUGCUAUGUUUGAUUCUAUCUUCAGUCUACCUUGGCCGGAAGACUUCGACUGCAGUAGAUUAAGAACCGGCAUGAUCGCUGGAGCGCCUAUUCCCAGACAUUUGAUGGAACUCAUGGUAAACCACCUUGGAAUGACCGAGUUCGUUAGUAGUUACGGCCUCACGGAAGCAUCCCCAACAUGCUUCAAUGCCUUCCAUGACGACUCCAUAGAAACUAAAAUGAACACUGUUGGUCGUGUCAUGCCCUACGCACAUGCGAAAGUUAUCGAUCGAGAGGGGAGAACUCUUUCUAUCGGCCAACGUGGAGAGCUUUGCAUUGCUGGGUAUCAGCUACAACGCGGCUAUUGGAGAAAUGAAGAGAAGACAAACGAGGUAAUGGUCCGCGAUGAUGCAGGAGUGCUCUGGCUCAAAACAGGUGAUGAAGCCAUCAUCAAUAAAGACAUGACAUGUACUAUCACAGGGAGAUUCAAGGACAUAAUUAUUCGAGGUGGGGAGAAUAUUUACCCACUCGAAAUUGAAGAGCGAUUAAUACAGCACAAAGAAAUCAACCGAGCCAUCGUGGUUGGAGUUAAGCACAGUCGAUACGGUGAAGUUGUCGCUGCUUUCUUACAGCGUGCUAAGGAUUCCACGACUGAACACAGCUCUACCUUAAGCGAUGAAAACAUACGCGAGUGGGUUAGAGUGACACUUGGCCGCCACAAAGCUCCUGCACAUAUUUUCUGGCUCGGUGAAAAUGGCAUUCCAGGCGUAAUUCCAUUGACAGGUAGUGGAAAAGUUAGGAAGUUUGAACUGGCGAAGCGGGCGGAACAGCUCGUGAUCACACAGAAAGCCAGAUUAUGA